AUGACUGACACACCUAAAAUUCGACAACUACGUUCCUAUUUAAAUUUAAGAUCUCGUAUAACAGUUUCAGACAGUCGGUUAUUUUUCGGUACCUUUAUGUGUAUAGAUAAAUACAAAAAUAUAAUUCUAGCUCAAACUGAAGAAUAUCGUGAAGCUGAGAAGAGAUUUGUUGGAUUAAUUAUGAUACCAGGGAAGCAUAUUGUUAAAAUUGAAAUUGAAGAUUUGGAACUUUCUACGGAUUAUACAUGA